UGCCUUUUACAAAAAAAUCUAUUUAAUCGCUAGGAACCAGUAAUACCAGCACUGAACACAAUAUACAUGUGGCUGUUUUCCUGCUGUUGUUAACCUGAAAAAUGUAAAUUUUAGUCAUCGUAAACUAGGCUUUUAGUUUGAAAACUCAUACCGGAAGUCCUGAUCAUAUUCUAUCGGUUUAGCACGGACUUGCCAGUGUGAUGACCGUCCAUGUUGACUGAAUGACAGCAGGUUGUUUACUUCACUAGUUUAACAAACGGUAAAAGCAGCAGUGUCAGGUGUGAAUGAGCUGGUUUACCGGAAGGUGACCGAGAUGCUCCGGAGCUCAGCAGGUCCGCGGGGAUGUGUCGGACUUCUUCGCUGCUGGUUCUUCACAGUCAGCUCCAGGACUCUCAAAGUUCCAGGUUGCUCUGUGCACACUUCACGGGCCUUCUCUACCUCUGUCCCCGCGAAGUCUGAAACACAAAAAGGGCCAAACAACCCUCUGAAGCAGUGGGAGCUGCCGAUGAGCCCCUUCGGGACAGUGCGGGCACGGCUGGGCUGCAGCAUCUCCAUCUGCCCGCUGGACCCACACGCCUUCCCUGAGGCGGACCGAGCCUUCAUCACAGUCUUCGGCACAGACACCGAGCCGGAGCUCGGUCUGGAUCGCUUCCACGUCCACUACGACGAGCAGACUAAAGAGCUGCUCAUCUCCGCUGAGGAGGCGAACAGCUGCCUGUCGGUUGGUCUGGCUGCACCCAUCAAAAGCAAUCUGUUCAUUACUACACUCGGAAAAGGCAACGUGCAAGUGAAGGAAAUGGAGUGUGACAUCUGCAAGGUGCAAACAGAUAGAGGCCACUGUUUAUUGCACUCUGUCAAGGGUAAUCAAGUUGAGGUUCAGUCCACCGGAGGACACGUCAGAGGUGUGGGCACUAUCCAUGGCAACGUGGACAUCAGCACACAUGGAGAUAGUGCAGUGGAUGUCAAGAAGCUCCAGGGCACCAAGAUGAAUGUUUCAACAGAACAUGGUCCUCUGAAGGUCAAAGCCAUCUAUGCUGAGUCCAGCUGCAUCUACUCCUGCUCUGGGAAGGUAGAACUGGGGCACAUACAUGGUAAUGCCACUGUGAAGAACGUGUCUGGAGAUACAGUUAUAGAUGGGUCAAACAGCUUCCUGAAGGUUUCCUCUCACAGCGGGGGUAUUGAUGUCUAUGUGGGAGAUGGCAGCAGUGCUGAGCUGCACAGUCAGGAAGUGGUGUGUGUGCGUGUCCCCUCCUCAUUAGGAGCUGGGGUGGAGCUGUGUGGAGCGUCAGUGGAGAUCAGCCCAGAGGUUGUUCUGUCUGGAGUAGAAAACAAAACAACUCAUGGCCAAACCACAGUUACGGGUUUUAUGAACACAGCGUCUCCAGUGGACCAGUGGGUUAGAGCUCAGGCAGACAGAGGCUCUGUCAGGCUCAAGACACAAAGCUGGUUUGAUUCACUGAAACUUGGGAGUUGAGGUUACAAGUGACAGGAAUCCUAGGGCUUAAAGCCAGGGCCAGAUCUGUACCUUUAGCUGAGAAUGACUAUAUUUUCAGUGAGGACAUUAUACUGUAUAUCAUCUACAGUAUUUCAGAAUCGCUGUAUAUUCACUAAGUCUGGAAAGCAUAGUGUUGUUUUGCAUUGAACCAUCACAUAGUUUGAAUGUUAAUUAGAAACUCAGUGUUGGUUUGUACAAACCCCAUUUCUAGAAAAGUUGGGACACUUUCCAAAAUGCAGUAAAAACUAAAAAUUGGUGAUUUGUUACUUUGCUGGAACCUUUAACUGACAAAAGUAAAAAGAAAAGGUUCUCGGUGUCUUCGCUGACCAACUUAAUUGCAUUUUGUAAAUAUAAACAUUCAGAAUUUGAUGCCAACAACAGAGUAAGCGAACAUUUGGACAGAAGUUUAUUUAUCAUUGUUAGAUCACCUUUCUUUUUGCACCUCUUUAUCAUUUGUGAAAUGAGGAUACUGACUGUUGCAGUUUUGCCAGUGGAAUACCGAUCCAUUCUUGCUGGAUACCAGACUUCAGCUGCUCAACAGUCCGUGGUUGUCGGCAUCUUAUUCUCCUCUUCAUGAUGCACCAUACCUUUUCAACAGGAGACAGAUUUGGACAUGCACUGAGUCUAUGAAGCCACGCUGUUGUAGCAUGUGGAGAAGGAUGCCUGCCACUGU